UAAAGCUCCAGUCUUUAGAUAUAUCCUAAUCAAGUUCGCGCCUUGGUGGAUACGUCUUUGAGCCAUGGAUGGUUCUAGUUCAAUGGUUGGAACUGCAAGCGCUGCCAACACCACGGUGAGCCAAUCAACCAUGUCUACGUCAUUAGUGGAGACAGUGGCUUUCUCGUUUGGUAGUGCCCUAGAUGAGAAAGUUGUGGGGAAGCUGGUCAUCACAAACAAGUUGGGAUCGAAUGGUGCUUCUAGCAGUGAGUCGGAAACAGAAGAUCAUGGUCAUGCACCCGAACCUGGCAUGGGAGACUUGCCCCACAAUCAAUCAGGUGCGUUGCAACCUUCGCGAGGUUCAGAACCAUAUCCUCUUCUUCAUGCUCAGUCGGGGACCCGUGGCCAAUCGCAACUGGUUUAUGGCCCCGUUCCCAAGGGGUCCAUUGAAAAGUUUUUUGCCAAAAGGCAAAGCUAAUUUGUUUGCACAAUAGAUGCAAAUGUGGUACAUUAGUACAUAAAAACUCGUUGACGUCAGGCGCUGAGAAA